AUGCACUCCGAAACGCUCGACAAGUACGACGAUCUCAACGAUCCCAUCCCCACCGAAGAGCAAGAGAAGCUCCUUCGCGAGCUGAAAGCCAAGAACGACGCUUCCAACUACUUCUACCGUGCGGCGCUCCUCUUCAUGGUCCUCCUCGUGUUUAUCACAUACCUCACUCCAAUCCCAUCCUACAUUGACGGCACGCACCCCGAAAGCCACCUCACGCUCUUCCACCACGGAGUGCACGUCAUCGGCACCGAAGACCAUCUCACCUACCUCCCCGCCUUCCCCAUCUACCUCUUCUUCUUUGCUGUUCAAGGAUACCUCCUCUACCUCUCCGCCCUCGAACUUCUCUCCCUCCUGGGUCACGACUCUCUGCUCUCCACCAUCACCCGUCGAAACGCCUCGCUCUACCGAUCGCACCCCUUCGGCACCGCCCCCUCCUACCUAGUCUCCAUCCUCUCCGAUAUCCGCUACUCCACCGGCAACAAGGUCAACCUCCACGAGCGCGCAGACCAACCCGCCGCCAUCGGCUCCGAAAGCAAGGCCCUCUACGACAGCCUCUCCAACCCGAGGCUGCUCUACCUCUGGUUCCUGUUCGUAGCGGGUCUCCCGCUGCCGCUGCUGAUCUUUGGCGCGGGCAACUUUAGCAACGCCGGCUGGUUCAGCUUCACGCCCGCGGUGACUGGGCUGGUGCUGGUGAUGGAGACGUGGAUCAGGAGGAGCGAGAACCAGUUGUUGGGGUUGGACGGGCUCAAGUACGAUCACAAGUCGGCGUAG